AGCAAAUAGAUCGAGCGGGCGAGCAGACAAGAACACGAGACGCUUACUCUCUCUCAUUGCGUUCUGCUUCUGCUCCGUCUCCAGCCCAACAGCAAUGGCGUCUAAGGCCGACUUCUUUCUCGCCGUCGCCACGCUCGCGGCGGCGUGCGCCGUGUCGUCCGCGCAGACCAAGUUCGGCAAGCUCGUCAUUACCGGCGUCGUGCCCUGCAACACCGGCACCCUCAUCGACGUCGCCACUUCUCCGGCGUUUCCAGACGCGAACGUGGAGCUGCGGUGCGGCGGCAACGUGGUGGCCGGCGCGAAGACGAGCAGCAACGGGUCGUUCGCGAUGGAGGCGGACAUGACUAACGCGCUGGCGGCGCUCGUCGGCGGAUGCGAGCUCGUGGUGGACACGCCGCUGGUCAAGUGCGACGGAAAGCUGCCGGCCGCGGGGGCGCUCGUGUCCUACCUGCAGGGACCGCUCGCCAGGCUGCUCAGCGGCGUCUUCCAGCUCGCCCCCGCCGGCUUCUCUUUCCAGAUGAGCUGAUCGACGGCCAUCCACCGAUGGGCGCAGCCUGACAACGCCUAAAUCAUGCGUGCAUGAGAAAUGGAAGGACUUUGCCACCUCUGAUGUAGCAAACGAAUGGUUGCAACUAUGAAAAUUGUGUACGGCCGAUACUAGCAGCAUAUGGAAUAAACAAAAAUCCUAGUCUACAUAUAUGUAGGCGUCCCGGGCUUAGAGCAUCUCCA